CCGGCGGCGGAGCGCGGCUGUGCGGCAGCGAGCCUCGCUUUGCGGCUGGGCUGGGGGCGUGAGCCUGAUGCAAUUUGGCUGUCGGGAAGCGUAAUCCCUGCAGGGCGAGCGAAAGAGAAAGCGGAGGAGCUCGUGUCUUGUCGUGGCCCUUUGCGAGCGGAGCGAUGUCUGCCGUGCUGAUCGAGGAGGCGGGCAGGCUGGCCCUGGGCGAAGUCUACGUCUCUGAUCGAGAGGGAUGUGACGCUACAGGGGAUGGAACACCGGAGAAACCUUUCAAAACGGCUUUGCAGGCUUUGCUGUCUGUUGGAAAGGAGCCAUUUCCUACUAUCUAUGUGGACUCGCAGAAAGAAAACCAGAGAUGGGAUACCAUUUCCAAAACUCAGCUUAAAAAUGUCAAGAAACUGUGGCAGAAAGAACAAAUGAAAAGUGAAGCUCGGGAAAAGAAAGAGGCAGAAGACCAAUUGCGUCGUGAAAAGAACUUGGAGGAAGCAAAGAAGAUUGUCAUUAAGAAUGAUUCUAGCCUCCCCGAGCCUAAAUGUGUGAAGAUUCGUGCCCUGGAGGCCCACAGAGGGGAGAGAGUAAAGGUUUUUGGCUGGGUCCACAGGUUACGUAGACAAGGUAAAAAUUUGAUGUUUAUCGUCUUAAGAGAUGGCACGGGCUUUCUUCAGUGUGUCUUGUCAGAUGAACUGUGUCAAUGUUACAAUGGGGUGAUCCUCUCAACAGAGAGCACUGUUGCAGUCUACGGAACACUCAACCUUGUUCCUGACGGCAAGCAGGCUCCCGGAGGCCAUGAGUUGUGUUGUGACUACUGGGAACUCAUUGGCUUGGCUCCUGCCGGUGGGACUGACAACGUGCUCAACGAAGAGUCAGAUGUGGACGUACAGCUGAACAACAGACACAUGAUGAUUCGAGGGGAGACGCUGACCAGAAUCUUCAAGGUCCGCUCUACAGUCAUCCAGUGCUUCAGGGAUCACUUCUUUGAUCGAGGGUAUUAUGAAGUCACCCCACCAACACUGGUUCAAACACAGGUUGAAGGUGGCUCGACUCUAUUCAAACUGGACUAUUUUGGCGAGGAAGCAUUUUUGACACAGUCGUCCCAGCUGUACUUGGAGACCUGCAUCCCAGCCUUGGGAGACACUUUCUGCAUUGCCCAGUCGUACCGAGCUGAGCAGUCUCGGACACGCAGGCAUCUGGCUGAAUACACACACAUUGAAGCUGAAUGUCCUUUCAUGAGCUUUGAAGACUUGCUGAACCGCUUGGAGGAUCUUGUCUGCGAUGUGGUGGACAGAGUCUUGAAAUCGCCUGUGUCAACCUUGUUGUAUGAGCUCAACCCGAACUUUGAGCCUCCUAAGCGGCCCUUCAGGAGAAUGAACUACACGGAUGCCAUCGUAUGGCUCAAGGACCACAAUGUGAAGAAGGAAGAUGGCACCUAUUAUGAAUUUGGAGAGGAUAUUCCAGAGGCUCCAGAGAGACUGAUGACAGAUGCCAUUAAUGAGCCCAUCUUGCUGUGUCGGUUUCCUGCUGAGAUAAAGUCCUUCUAUAUGCAGCGCUGCCCUGAGGAUUCCCGUCUUACUGAAUCGGUCGAUGUGUUGAUGCCCAAUGUUGGCGAAAUCGUUGGAGGCUCAAUGCGUAUUUGGGACAGUGAGGAACUGCUGGAGGGUUACAAGAGGGAAGGCAUCGAUCCCACCCCUUAUUAUUGGUAUACAGACCAGCGUAAAUAUGGCACUUGCCCUCAUGGUGGCUACGGCUUGGGCCUGGAAAGGUUCCUGACCUGGGUGCUGAACAGGCAUCAUAUCCGUGACGUGUGUCUCUACCCGCGCUUUGUCCAGCGCUGCAAACCCUAAUCAAGAUCGCCUGGACAAACCCCAGUUGGCGUUCAGCAAAGAACCCCACCCUUAGCAGCGAAGAGCACAUCUCAUCGCCCAACAGUCUGCCUGCAAAUAAAAACAAAUGAUCAACGUU